AUGAGAGCUCGUCGCGCUUCGAGUAACGUGUCUUCGGCUAAUACCGGCAAGCUUGAUACCUUGGAGCAGCCCAUCAUAGGUGAACCUUCGGAUGUGGAGGACGGUGGCAGCUCUAGUUUGAAGCCUCUCGAGAAUAAAGGGGAAAACAGGACUUGGUGGAGUCGCUUGUGGCAAGGCGGUUGGAAGGUCCCUGUCGGUCCAGAUGGAUACAAGCCUUUUUGGUAUGAGGCCACUCUGUGUUGUACAUUUACUUUUUUCCUGGCGUUCAAGCCGUCAGAGCCCCACCUGACGACCUACCUCAGGGAGACCAAGGGCUUUACAGAUGAUCAGAUCAACUCACAGAUUUACCCUUGGUCCACUUACGCAUGCAUACCCUUCCUGUUGAUUGGUGGACUCCUUUCCGAGUUCAUCGGCUACAAGUUUAUGCUCAUUCUGGGAGCGAUGGGGCGUUUAACCACGAGAAUACUCUUGCUGUUUGGUACCACUGUAUUCGAAAUGCAAAUUAUGCAGUGUACAUACGCUUUUGGUACUGCGGCUGAGAAGAUCUUCUAUGGUUAUCUAUUCCACAUCGUUCCUAGUGAGAAGUAUCAGAAACUGACAUCCAUAAAUCUGGCUGCAUACGUUCUAUCGCAUAUGUUGUCUGGGAUAAUAGGUGAUGUCAUGCUCAAUGCUGGGCACAUGAGCUACACAUCCCUUCAGUGGUUCUCAGCCGUCUCUGUUCUCGUUGCUACUGUAACUACUUUCUUUCUAACAAGUGUCAACCGCGACAAGGCUCCUAGGCCUAAGGAAGUGUGGAAGACUAUGAAGUGGGCUUAUGAGGAUAAGGUUUAUGUUCUUAUUCUGUUCUGGUGGAUAUUCGGCAAUUGCGCCUACGGUCUUAUCGACGGCUAUGAAAUGUCCCUUUACGAUAUGAUGAUGGUGGAAGAGGGUACCGAGGAGAACUAUAACGGAACAGUGUAUGCUAUUGCGCAGCUUAUUGCUACCAUUAGUGCCUUGUCUGUAGCGGUGCCUUGGAUAUUCAAAAUUGCAUACACUCACCAGCAUCUGACUGUGGGCAGUCUAGGCCUCUGGUGUAUUCUGGCCCUAACACUGAUGGUUUGGUAUCCUCGUAUCCUCCCGAUGUGUAUUGGUUUCAUCCUAUACUACCUUGGUUAUCAUUUUAUCAACGCCUUCGUCAGCGCGGAGACGGGUCGUGUCGUUAACAAGCAUAUGAAAGAGGAAGAUAAUGUCAACUCUGGCUGUUAUGCUAUCAUAGUCAUGUUCAACAAUCUUACUGCAUACAUCCUGUCAACUAUCCUUUCCCUCAUCAUGUUUACUUGGUUCCAAAUCGAUCUUCGCACUGUCUAUAAGAUACUGUGGACUUUUCAGCUGUCCUUCCAGACAGUGUUCAUGAGUCUGGCCGUACUGCUAUUUUUCCUUUCCAAGAGACCUUCUACACCCGGUGAUGUGAAAGGCAACAAGUAG